CCGUUUUGUUUCAGUAUCCGGAGUAACUGAAGGAUGUUCGUCGUUGUUAAUAUUUAUUGAAAACAACGAAAACCAUCGCAAGCAAAACAUGAAAUCGGAAACCAAAAAAUAGUAUAACCAACCAUGGAUAUAGAUGAAAAGGUGUCAGGUCCGGGCGGAGCGUCCCAGAAGAACUGGACGCACCUGAACACCAGUGAUGAACUGCCUCUAGACAUGAGGUUCAACCACGGGCACAUGGUGUCCAUGACAGUGUAUAGUGUGCUGAUGGUAGUGUCUGCGACGGGGAACCUGACGGUGCUGUCGCAGCUCAUGAAGAGGAAGCGGGCUGGGAGAGCCAGCCGGCUGGAUGUGCUACUCAUGCAUUUAGCUGUCGCCGAUCUUAUGGUGACGUUCCUGAUGAUGCCGCUGGAGAUCGCGUGGGCGGGCACCGUGCAGUGGCUGGCCGGGGACCUUAUGUGCAGGGUCAUGAUGUUCACGAGGACCUUCGGGCUCUACCUCUCCAGCUUCGUGCUUAUUUGUAUCGCUGUUGAUAGAUACUACGCAAUACUAAAGCCCCUGAACGUGACGUGGGAGGCGCGCGUGCGCAGGGCGCUCAUCACGGCGUGGGUGUGCGCCGGGCUCGCCAGCCUGCCGCAGAGCUUCAUAUUCCACGUCGAAGAGCACCCAGACGUUAAAGGGUACUACCAAUGCGUGUCUUACGGGUCUUUGCCAACGGAAAGCCACGAGUUCGCGUACUUCCUGGUGAACAUGAUCCUCAUGUACGUGAUCCCGCUGCUGUCCACGCUGUACUGCUCUUCUGCAGCGCUGCUUGAGAUCAUCAAGAGGGCUAACACCUCAAAUGAUAAGAUGCGUCGCUCCGGCGUGGGCAUUCUGGGCCGGGCGCGAGCGCGGACGCUGAAGAUGACUGUCACUAUAGUUCUAGUCUUUUUUACUUGUUGGUCUCCUUACUACUGUUAUUGUUUAUGGUACUGGAUCGACAAGGACUCGCUGAGGAGUCUAGACCCGGCCAUCCAGAAGGCGAUGUGGCUGUUCUCGUGCACCAACUCGUGCGCCAACCCCAUCGUGUACGGAGUGUUCAACAGGAACCGCUGGUCCUGGCGCGCCGGCCGGGUGAGUUACUUCAACGUUCGAUGUCGAAGCGGCAGCAUGAGACGUGGUUCGCGGCUGCCGUACGGUGAAUCAAUGGAGAUAUCCGCAGCUACCCUCGCCAGGGCGAGGAACUCGCUGGGAAGCGAUCGUAAUGGCCGCCGGGACUCCGCUUACAACACCCAAAACGGAUCCCAGAAACAUUGGAACACGAUCAACAACAACCACGUCAGUAACGGCAUGGUGUAGCUACCGGACUCACUUCGCCUAACAAAUGUGUUAAAAAAAACUAUUUGGGGAAAACAAGUGUUUAAGUUCGUGAGGUGCUGUCAAGAAAGAAAAUUUAAUUGAAUGAAAGAAAAAUACUUGUCUAAAAUACUAUCUUAAAACUUUAUUUUUACGUGUUUUGACGUAACAGACUGUCGAUUUGAAAAUGUAUAGUGAUGAGCAAAAAUAACGAUAACGUAACGUAAGAACUGUUAUAAUGAACUAGUUAUUUUUGAGUUCGUUAGUUUGGUACUGAGUUGAAUAUCGUUACUGAAUUUAUGUGUGUAAAAUAAAGCUUUAAGGUCGAGUCUUGAAACAUAUCGAGGAUGCGAUAAGUUAAGAAAAAACGGUUCGCGCGGUUUGUGCCAUGCCUUGUGAGUAGAUUUAAUUGUUGAGUGUUACUCUCUGAUAUGUAACAUUCCUUUAAGUGAUAGAUAUAAACAUAGUCCUUACUUUUAACGAUAGCUAGUCUAAUGAGGCUAUAUCAACUGAGGUUGUUAUUCCCAUGAAUGAUGAACCGUUGAUCAACUAGUUCCUCAACUAGGAUACUCAUGGCUUUCCAGCAUGUAAAGUUAAUACAUUCCAAUGAGAACACGCUUAAGUUAUUACUUAUAUAUUUAUACAAUAAGACUGACUGACAGACGAUAAGUCCUAUGUAGGUAUUUUGAUACCAAACACUAAUUGUUAUUUGUUUAAAGGUUGUUUUUGUUUAAACUAUAGUUUUAAUAUAUGUUUUAGUUUUUUGUUAAUAGAAUAAAGUUGUACCUUGGCUGUGAGGUGAUAGAGACUCAGCUCUAUACAUGCAAAGAGAUAUAAAUUUUUGUACCAAAACUUAAUCCUAAGUUAACGCAAGAGAUAAUUUUUUAAAUAAAAAUAUGAAAGCAU